GAGGCCUGUUAUACUAAAAGCUACACAUAUUAUAUUACGAUAUUGUAUGGAAUUCAAAGACACAAGGGGUGCAAGACGAUACAACAUGGCCAAGAAAAAGAUCUCAGAGAACCCCAAGGCCGUCGACGCUCGUGCCCGUAAGGAAGACAAGAAGCAGGCAGUUAAGUCUUCAAAAGAGAAAGCAGAGGAGGAUGCUAUGUGGAAUGACGAUGAUAAGAAACUAGCAAAAGCUGCAGCUAAAAAGGCCGAUGACGAGAGGAAGAAGGCCGAAGCCGCCGCUAAGAAAGCGGAGAUGAAGGCUUUGCUGAAAGCAGAUGAAGAAGCACUCGCGUUAAAGCCAAAGAAGGCGCCGGCGCAGAAGGUCACACAGCACGAGUUGCACACAAAGAAGGUCAAGGCUGAGGAGGCCGCUCGCUUGGCACAGAUUGAGAAGGAUCGACAGAAUGGGAUUGUCACACAGGACCAUCUGGAAACCUUUGAGAACCAGAAUCGAGAGCUCGCCGAAGAACGUGCUGACGGUAGUGUGAUGGCGACUGGACUGGAUGCAGCCAUCACGGACCUCUCAAUCGGUGUAAAGUCUAAAACAGCCAAGGUAUGCGUGCUUGACUGA